AUGGAGGGCCUCGAGAAGUACUACGAGUUCAGCCCUAGCGAUCAGAGACUCAUCGACGCCUACCUUCGCCGCAAGAUCGCCGGCAAAGAUGUAGGCAGCGGCUCCAUCCACGACGCCGAUGUGACCUCCAACCACCCCUACCAUCUCGUGCGGAAGCACGCGCCCGCGCCUGGGAGUCUCAACGGCGGUGUAGACAAGGGAGUCUGGUUCUUCUUCAGCCCGAAGCGCUACGUCGGGAAUUCGAAGGCGAGCGCGCGCAGCGGAUCUCGGCUCCGGAACUGGGCGCGAACCGUGCUCGGCGUCGACGGCAAGAAGAAGGGGGCGUGGCACACGGAGGGUAGGAAGAAGACGGUGCACGGAAGCUCUGGCGGGUACUUUCAGAAGCUGUCGUACGAGGAGGUGACGCCGUCGGGGUCGGUCGUCAAGACGGGAUGGCUGAUGAUCGAGUACGCCAUCGAGGAAGACCACGGCGGCGGCGGCGCCAUGGUCAUAGGCAAGGUGUACAAGUCACCACGAGGCCCUGGAUCCGACGUGCCGUCGUCGUCGAGCAAGAGGAAGGCGGACGUCGUCGAACAGCCCGUCGUCGAACAGUUGCAGAGGCCAUGGAACCGAACGCACGAGGAGGCCGGGCAUGUUUUUGGCUGGCAACCUGCUGCAGCGCGAGGACUUGACAACGACAGACUACUACGCGGAUGCGCCGGCGGUGUAUCAAGAUACAGAUCACAUAUUGGGAAGCGGCGAAUCGGCGACGUCGGCGGACCAAUGCAUAGGGAAGACAAAUCAGGUGCCUAA